GCCGCCGCGCUGCGCGCAGCCGUUCCCGCGGCGGCCGGCGGGCGGGCGCGCCCCGCGACAUGUAGCCAUGGACUGCAGGACCAAGGAAAAUCCAGAAAGAACCUUUGACUUGGUAUUGAAGGUGAAAUGUCAUGCCUCCGAAAAUGAAGAUCCGGAGGUGCUGUGGAAGUUCCCAGAGGACUUUGCAGACCAGGAAGUACUACAGACUGUGCCAAAGUUCUGCUUCCCCUUUGACGUUGAAAGGGCGUCUCGGAAUCAGGUUGGACAGCACUUUGCCUUUGUGCUGACGGACAUUGAGAGCAAACAGAGGUUUGGGUUCUGCCGACUCACCGCAGGAGGCAAGAUCUGCUUGUGCAUCCUGAGUUACCUGCCAUGGUUUGAAGUAUAUUACAAGCUUCUAAAUACUCUGGCAGAUUACUUGACUAAGGAACUGGAAGAUGAUUUGAAUGAAACUCUGAGAUCUCUCUAUAACCAUCCAGUACCAAAGGCAAACACCCCUGUCAACUUGAGUGUGAACCAAGAGAUAUUUUUUGCCAGUGAGCAAGUUCUGAAAGAGCAGCCCUCCUUAGCACGGCAUUCCUGCUUCAUUGCCCCUGAUGUAACUGGACUACCAACCAUCCCUGAGAAUAGGAACCUCACGGAGUACUUCGUGGCCGUGGACGUGAACAACAUGCUGCAGCUCUUCGCCAGCAUGUUGCACGAGAGGCGCAUCAUCGUCACGUCCGGGAAGCUCAGCACCUUAACCGCCUGUCUGCACGGCUCGGUCGCCCUUCUGUACCCGAUGUACUGGCAGCACAUAUACAUCCCGGUGCUCCCCCCGCACCUGCUGGACUACUGCUGUGCCCCCAUGCCGUACCUGAUUGGAAUACACUCCAGCCUCCUAGAGAGAGUGAAAAAUAAAUCAUUGGAGGAUGUGGUUAUGUUAAAUGUUGACACAAACACUUUAGAAUCACCGUUUAAUGACUUGAGCAGCCUCCCAAGCGAUGUGGUCUCGGCCCUGAAAAACAAACUGAAGAAGCAGUCCACAGCUACGGGGGAUGGAGUGGCCAGGGCCUUCCUCAGGGCGCAGGCGGCUUUGUUUGGAUCCUACAGAGAUGCUCUGAGAUACAAACCUGGUGAGCCCAUCACGUUCUGCGAGGAAAGUUUCGUAAAGCACCGUUCAAGUGUCAUGAAACAGUUCUUGGAAACCGCAGUCAACCUCCAGCUUUUUAAGCAGUUUAUCGAUGGUCGACUGGCAAAACUAAAUGCAGGAAAGGGUUUCUCUGAUGCAUUUGAAGAAGAGAUCACUUCCGGCGGCUUUUGUGGAGGGAACUCAAAGUCAUAUCAGCAAUGGGUGCAUACAGUCAAGAAAGGAGGCGCACUGUUCAACACGGCAGUGACCAAAGCAAGCCCUGCUGUGCGAACGGCGUAUAAAUUUGCCAAGAAUCACGCAAAGCAGGGGAUAAAGGAGGUGAAGAGCAAGCUCAGACACAAGGAAAACGAGGAUGACUUUGGGACUUGUUCCGGUUCGGUGCAAUACACGCCCAUUUACACGUUACAUGGAGAGAGGGGAGGAAACCUAGCCAGACGGAAGAUUUCCCAGCCACGGCUCAGGCCUUUGAAGAGCCUGGACGGAGCCCUAGAUGCUGACGAUGAGGAGGACGCCGAGAGAGCCAGCAAGUUGUCCUCUGAAGAUGGAGAAGAAGCUUCUGCUUACUUCUAUGAAAGUGACGACUCCCUUGAAACAAGAGCAAAGGCUCCUUCGCCGGGGGAGAUGGACCUGCUGGGCGAGAUCCUGGACACGCUGAGCACACACAGCUCAGACCAGGGGAAGCUGGCAGCGGCCAGGAGCCUGGACUUCUUCAGGUCGAUGGACGAGAUAGAUUACAAGCCCACGAACAAAUCCAACGCGCCCAGCGAGAGCGACCUGGCCCUGCUGUGCAGUGGCUCCGGGGACCAGGCCGGGUGGCACCGGGGCCAGGACGACAGCGCCCUGCUCGGCCGGCAGCUGCCUCCGUCGCCCAGGAAGCGGCUGUCCUCCGGCGCGGGCACUGACCCUCUGUUCAUCCUGGAGGAGGAGGCAGCCGAGCGACCCCUUGGCGUUGGCGCGGAGAGCCGGGCCCCGGCGCAGGGGCAGCCGGGCCCCCCUCCAGGCGCCGGAGCGCCCCCUACAGAGAGGAACGAAAAGCUGAGCCCGACUGCGGGCGACGGGGCGGAGGCCGGCCUGGGGCGGCGCCUGUCCACGUGCGUUCCCUGGGAGAAGGAAGGGCAAGACGCCCCCGAGACCGCAGCGGGGUCUGGGCUGCUUCAGGAGGUGGUGUCCUUGUGUCACAUCACGUCUGCUUUCCAACAAGACCUGCACAUCUCAGGAGGGCGGGCAAGCGGGAACCAGGCUUAAGUCAGCGAACGAAGCGCCCGUCGCGGGCACCCAGCCUUCCACGGAGACGUUCAGGAGCCCACCGCCCCGCGUCGUAAGCAAGGGCUGGUCAGAAAGGCGGCUCUUCUGCUGUCUGAAGUUUUCAUUUGGGACACUUCCCCGUCCGCGCGUUUGUCUCGUAGUAUGUCGAUGACCCAUUGAUUUUUAAACGUAAAGCUAAUUCUCCUACUGUGCUUUUCAGUCAGGUAUGAGUUUGUAUGUAUGUGUGUAUGUUGAAAGUAUAUAUUGAGCAUCCGAUUUCCCAGUGUUUGGUGCUUAACGCCACCUAUUUAAGUUAAGUAUGCAUCUAACCCUUGCACAUAACCAGUAGUAGCUACUGUACUAACCUGGUUGAGCAUGACCUGGCCAAGAUAUCAAAACCUAUCAGAACUAGCCUGAACCUGUUGACCCACUAAUUGCCUUAAUCCUAAGCCUAUAUUAAGCAUACUUACCUAAUUUAUGGGAUUCCGUGUAAAUUCUGAAAGAUAAGUUAUGUGUUCUGCAGAGCAAUAAUGCCUUUUUCGAUCAUCAAAUCAAGGACAGAAUUCAUAUUUUCAAACUUAAAAAGCUCUCUUGUGGACAUUGCAGCCAUGUUUUCCAAAAAGUAUAAAGGUACACACAGACAUACCUGUCACUCAGCGAAAUACAUGAAGUGCUGAAUUACAAUGUGAAAGUAAUGACUGCUGUUUACAAACGACACUUUAAAUUUCUUCACAGCCUCUUUUUGCCUUCGCUAACUAGGAGUCACCCCAGAAAGCCAGAUGAAACAAAGUGUCCUAGUAGAAAAAUGUUCCUGUCUGUUUUUCCCCUAACUAAUAAUCCUCUUAUCAGAAUGCUUCACGACAUCGCAGACUUACCGCUAAAAUAACUGACUUUAUAUUUUGCAAGUCGUAGGUCUGCAGGCCCCGUGCAGAGCAAGGGCAGCCUCUCCCUACUCAGCAGGGCCGCGGUGUUCAGGGCCCUGUAUCCCUGCAGUGCGUCUGCACAGUUCAUGAGCCAUGCUUCACGCAGAUUCCUUGGUUCUCCCCUAAGACCCUGUGUCCGUCCCGGGAUCCCGCGCCGGGCCCACCUUGCCCAUGGCUGUCAUACCUCCUCAGGCUCCUCUUGGAUGUGACCGUCUCUAGACCCUCCCGGUCUCUGACGACCUGGGCGGUUCCGAGGAGCACAGGUCAGGUCUGCUGUUGGAUGCGCCGCUGCUGGGCCUGUCCAGCGUUUUCCUCGUGGUCGCGGUGGGGCGGUGGGUCCCGGGGAGGGGCUCCCAGCAGAAAAGCGCCGUCUCCUCGCCCCCGCCUGCCCCCGCGGCUGGCAAACGUUGCUGGCCGGGGUCAGCCGCUGGCUGAGGGAGCGCUGGUCGGCCUCCUCCCGGGAAAGCCGCGCCUUCCCUCCGGGCCUCCUGCCGUCGGGGAGGAGACACCAGCACGGCCUCCCUGAGGCCGGGGCCUGUGCUUCCGGUCUGACGCGCGGUAUCCACACACACUGCUUGCAGUUCUUCUGCAUGGGACUUGGUCUCUCCUCCCUCAAAUUCACUGUCACACUUGGAAGUUCUGAGAAGGAAUCGCGCAUUGAUUGCGUCAUGAUUGGCUAGACUGACAGGAAUAAUCAGGAGUGAACAACAGUGAUGCUGUGCUUCCUCGAUUGUUCGCUCCUUCAGUACAUGUACUCCAUGCAUCCCCAAUCUUGACUAUUUUCUUAAUUUAUUUUAGGAAAGGUUUGACAAGGCAGUCAAGAACUCCCAUCAAAACUGUGCUCUAAAAUAUUUACUGAAAUAAUUUUCAGUUAAGAUCCUGAAGAGGUUUUGUUAAAAGCACUGCUUAAAAAUACGUAUUCAGAUCGGUCUUUAACUAAUUUGAAGAAAAUAACCAAGGUUUUCUUUUUUAAGGUAGAUUCCAAAAUCUAAAUGGAUAUAUUUUGAGAGGACAGUUAUUCAUGUUUAUGAAGGAAGGCAGAUCUUGUUUUCCUUAUAAGGAUGAACUCUGUAAGUACUAAGGGUGAAAGUCUGUAAUCCUUUUUUUAACACCAAAGUAAGAUUCAAGGUUCUUGUUAAAUUUUGCCUUUAUAUACUCAUUACAAAAUUCCAUUUUAUAUUUAAGUAUAUAACAAAGAAGUCCAUUUAUCAGAAGAGCUAUUUUAAAUGAGGAGGAAAAACUGUCACUCUGGUUGUCAAUCUGCCGGUCAGAUAUUCUUCAUAAUUUUUGAAAAGAAUGUAAAGUAGCCCUUGACUACAAAUAUUGGAAUGAGGCAUUUUUUUUCCUUUAGAAUUCUCCAUCUGGAGAAUGGGAUCAUUGUGAGCGUAGCCUUGACAGAAUCUGGGUUUUAGUCCACUCGCUCAGUAAGCCUCAGGGCCUCAGAAAUGUGAGUUCUUCUCUUAGUCACCUCCCCAGAUGUCUGACCACGCUGUGUGGUGAGGACAGUCACCCCCUGACAAACCACAUUCGUGUUAAGGUAUUUUUAAGCUGCACUUGUGCCUUAUUUUAACACACAAAAUCAGCUCUGAUAGUCCACAUUAAAAACAAAAACUCGGCAAGCAUUCAUAUUUUAAACCGUUAACGUUUUGAGUAUUCAAAGUCUGCUCUGAGGCUAGACUCCCCUGUAUUGGUGGCUGUAGGGGGAAUGAAGGGACAUGGCGGUGAGCUCUGAAAGGAGAGUUCUCUGUCCUUACUGUGUUCAUGUUUUCUAACUAGACAGUAUUUUCUACUAUGUGUGAACUCCCCUGCUGUUUGAAUUUUUCUCCCCGGACGGAGCAACACCUGUCCUACACGGGACUGUAUAAACGAGUCCGACCCUUGGUUCUGGGGCCUGUCUUCACACAGCCUCUAGGCAGUCACCAUGCUCCCCAAACCCACUCUAUCUUUCACCCCAGAGGUAUUGCAUCCAUGGCAUUUCAGAGGAUAGCAGAGUCCCAUGUGCAUUGAGGAACUCUUGGUUCAUUAAGUGUCGUUAAGUGGUAUAUUUUAAUGGCUACCUACUUUAGCCUAUUUUAGAAAGGCACCAAAAUAAAGCAUGACUAUUUCUCUGAUUAAAAAUUAAUAACUCAUUUAAGAAAUAUUUAUCAACUCUUGGUACUGUUCAUAGGCAAGGUACAGUAACUGUGGACGUAGGGAAAUAGAAGAAUUGGCCUAGUCCCUGCUGUGCAGGAGCUAAUGAAAAGGAAAAGGAAUUGCAAGUCUGUUAAUAACAACAAUGAUGAUAAUAUAUUUUCCUUAGGAAUUAUUCAGCCAAGAUUCUAUCACCAAAAAAAAAAAAAAAAGCCUUUUAAAGCUGCUCAAACUAAAACAUGCUCUCAGUACAGAACCCCUUUUCCACUGUCAUACGACGUGCAAGAAUGCUGCUGUCUCGGAGACCUGCUCCUAAAGGACAGAUUCGGAGGCUCUGAGAAGCCGUGUGUUCUCGUCCAGCUGGCUGGCCGGCCCCCUCUGCUCCCCUGGACCCAGGCAGCAAGGCUCGGUGCUGAACGCGGCCCCUCGGGACCACCCGGGACCAGUCUCUCCACUCCGCUCAGGAAGAACUGAGCGUGUGGACGCCUGUUGACGGCAGGGAGUUUUUGCUGUCUUUACCCUGAUAACAGCAUUCUCUGCAAACACUUCCUCCGCACCCCACACACUUAAAAGCUGUCUGCGACGUCUGCUGUGGAGUCUGUACUUGUAUCCUAACAAACAAGACCCAGGAAUGCUAAUGAAUUCAUCGCUUCUGAAAUAAGGUGAAGAGGAAAAAAAACUGUGACUGUUCUCGUAAUGAGUAGAUCUUCCUUCUUCUUUUUCUAGAAUAUCUGGAUUUUCAGGAAAAGGUUAUUUUCAUGAAAAAAUUUUCUAAUGUGAAUUCCAUUUUGUUUCACAUACAGGAUCCUGAUUCUGGGUGGAUAGCUGUAGAUCAGAACAUAAUGAAAGGAUGUAAAAUGAACCCCAGACCUAAUUCCCCGAAAGCACUUCUUCAUAUAGGAGAUGGUUUCUUACAAACUGUCAGCAUUUCCUCUGUCUAGCCCAGGAAUUUGUUCGUGUCUGUUUCUUAAAUCUUAAGAGGCCGAGUUCUUUUGAGCAAAUCAGUCAAUGUUUUGAUUUGGUCAAGAUAGGGAAUUAUGUGUAUUUAGAAAGAAGCAUAUUUUAUCUUGAAAACAAUAUAGGAUUUUGUGCAAUAUUUUUUUUCUUGCAUAAUUUAGUUCAUAUAAAUAUGCACAUCUGCUUUUCAAGCAGAUACCUUAAGGUCAUGUUUUUCAGUAUUUGUGUAAACUUGUAUGUAGCAAUGUUCCAUGUGAUUUUGGGGAAAAAAAAACUUUUUACUGUUGGCAGGAGAAAUGUUUUUAUUUAAAAUAAUUAUGAAUAUUGCAUUAUUGUAUCAUAACUAACUGCCUCAGCAACAAUGAAUAUGCAAUAAGAAAAUCCCGAACCUUAGAUUAGUAUUGACAAUACUUUGAAAGAAAUGUAUAUAGUGCAAAAUGCUGAUUCUUCAUUUGUACGUUUCACAAAUGCUCAGUUCUGUAUCACGUAAAUUGAGAUGGCAUUUGUACGGUGAUGACCGAACCAUUAUGUUGACUGUAAUAUCCUUUGUGAUGCAUCUCUGGUAAGAUUUAUAAAGGGCAUUGCCAAUACUUUUUGACUGUCUGUAAAUUAAGUUAAUUUUUGUAUAAUGUACAGUUUGUUUAACCUUAGAGCUUCUAUAGAUUUCUAUUAUACUUGAAUGAGGCAGAAAAGCACUGUGGAAAAUCUGUAGCUCUGGAUGCGACAUGCAAACAUACCAAAAAAAAAAAACAACAGAACAAGGUACUGAACAGCAAACUUAACCAGACGCUUUCUAUCCAGAAAGCUGUAUUUUUUCAAACCAGACUUAAAUGAAGUAAUUUAAACUAUAGCAGUCUUUUAUCAUAAAGGAUUGCUAAGUCACAAAUGAUUACCUCUUUGAUAUGAUACACCUCUGAGCCUCUUCGUCUCUGUGUUACUCCACGUCUCAGAAGAGAGCCCUGUUGAGGUACGUUGACACCUCUGCCCUUUGGUAUAUUACAUAACUUCCAGGACAAAAUUUGACUCUGUGCAUCCUGGAUUCAUCGUGUGUAUUGAGUCACCAUCCUUCAGAUGGUCUAGUUUCCACCAAAUAAUCAUAUACCAAAAAUGAGAUUUCUUGAAUCUGUUUCAAUUUAGUACUUAGAGCAAACAAAUGUGAACUGCAUGACAUCUACAGUUUAAAAUGCAUAAAGCUUUUUACACAAAAAGUACAUAUGAGGUUAAAAGUGGAACUUUUCCAAAGCUUAUUUCUCUUGCUUUAAACGAAUAACUGUCCGGAAGGACUGACUCGCUUGGGCCUUGUGCUGGACAUGACGUACCUGCACACACCUGCCAUCACCGAGGUGUGUGCCGUCGUCCUCGCAUCCUUGAGGCUACAGGAUAAAUCAUCUCUGACCUUGACUACUGUCGGGAGGACACUGUGUAAAAGUAUUGUUUGGGGGAUUUAAAAAUAUAUGCAAAAGUCAAUAUUGGAUGAACAACACAUUACCAUGAAGUGCCCAACAAUGCAGGUUGAAAAUAAAGUUGGUCAUAAUCAAA